AAGCGCUCUGUUUAUAACGUCUGAAUAAUUCUCUGGACAUAGCUGAUGCUCGUGGUUCUAAUCUUCCGUAGGAGGCACGGGAACCAACACCGUAAGUCAGGCGAACGAAUUUGUCGACAGUGUGCUUCUGCGAAGAAUGCCCACUCUCGUCAGGGAAACAUCCGAACACCUAUCGCUGCCGUCCUGCUACUUCACGGUACACAGUACAUCAUGGAGGGAAAACGACUUGGAGGUGGAAGUAAUCUCGGGCCGAUUCAGGAACUUUAGGAACGCAGUGAGGCGCCGCGGCAACUGCGUCCACUCAAUGGUGGCGGGAAAUGUGACCAUCAGCUGCAGUCUCAGCAUUGAUGGCGUCGUCGCCGAACUCAUGACAGAGACGGAUUGUGGGUGCUGGUACGGCUCCAGAAAUUACAUUCAUGUUGACGCACGUAUGUGCGGCACGACCGGCCGGCUAGAAGUUACUUCUGCCAGGAACGAACCUGCCUUCCUGCGCACUUUCGUCGUGGAAAACUCCUGCUUUGAAGUGACGCUCGGGGACAACCUCUUCUUGAGCUCAAAUCAAAGGAACAGCUUAGAGUCCCACAUCCGUCGGUACCUCGUGAAAGAGCUGCAGCAGAAGUUCUCCUCUUACUACGAGGAAAAGCUCGAACAAGCAUUUUCCCACAUGAGCUUUUCCAUGUUUUGAUCGUUCUUGGAACGGGUAUACGCACUUUGGUUCAAAAGGUUGGAGAGAAGUUGUUGAGAUCAUCAUACUUCAUUUCAUUGACGUGGUCUAUUUAUGAACGUUGUAAUAAAACUCAUCUGUGUGUUACGCU